AUGCUGGAUCACUUCACCAUCUUCACAAAGAAUGGCCUGGUCCUCUGGUCCAAGACCUUCAGUCCAGCACUCAGCAGCGCCGAUGCAUCCGCCAACCCAGUCAACUCGCUCAUCAAGCAGGCCUUCCUCGAGCAACGCACAGCUGAUCAGAAGUUCGACAAGGAAGGCUACACGCUCCGAUGGACGUUCGCAAACGAGCUCGACCUGACCUUUGUCGUCGUCUACCAGCGUAUCUUGCAGCUUUCCUACAUCGAGGAGCUUCUCGAGACUGUCCGCUCGCUCUUUUCUGAUCUCUUUGCAUCCUUCGUGCGAAAGCUCGCCCAGUCUUCCAAGAGCGCGGUCGCCUCAGGCACCUCGAAAGCUGCGACAUUGUCCGAGAGUGCGAGGCUCGAGUUCGCCGCUGCACUCAGAGAAUGGGACGAUAUCUUCACAAAGACACUCAGGAACCUCGAAAAGGCGGCGGCUCAAAACAAGCGCAAGGGUGUUCUCGGCGAGAAGAAAGGCGCCAUCAAUCAGCCUCAGAUCGCAGCAGGAUCUGACAAGGAGAGCGGUCAGAACACCCCUAGCUCGGUCAAGGAAGCCAAGGACUCCGCCGAUAUCGCUAAAAGCGUGGAAGCCCUCAAGAGUCGCUUGAAGCUCGAGGCCAGUCCUGGCGGUCGGCGUGUAGUGCGCAGCAAGAAGAGCACACCUGGCAUCUCGGCUUCCAAUGGCGGAAGCGCCCCAGGGACACCAGGUCAUGCGAGUGGAACCGAGUCUCCUGGCGGCAAGAAGGCGAAAGCAACCAAGGAGAUGCGCAAGUGGGACGGCAGCCGCAGCGUGAGCGCUCAACAGGUCGCUCAGUUGGAUUUCAGUGGUGCGACCGAGAAGGACGCAGAUGAAGGCGCUGGCCUCGACAGCUGGAUCGACGAGAAGAGCAUGGGCACCAAGCGAUCCGACGGCGUUUACGAGAUCGCUGAUGUCCUGGAGGAGGACGAAGAUGACGAGGACGAAGAGGAUGAAGAGGAGGACGACAACAAUGUGGACGGAAGCACUGCAAAGUCUGCUGGCUUCCUGUCUCGUAUCGGAUCUGCUUCGUCUUCUGGAGCAUCCUUUUUCUCUCGACUCACCGGCGCCAAGACGCUUACCAAGGAGGAUCUGGCACCCGCGCUUUCUGCAAUGGCUUCUCACCUGCAGAGCAAGAACGUCGCAGCUGACGUCGCACAGCGUCUCUGUGACAGUGUUGAGCGCAACCUGGUCGGCAAGAACCUCGGCAGCUUUGGCUCAGUCAAGCUCGAGGUCAAGAAGGCGCUCGAAGAGGCCAUCACUCGUAUCCUCACACCCAAGUCUUCCACCGACAUUCUCCUCGAGAUUGCCACCAAGCGACAACGAUCAGCCGCUGCAUCAUCACUGGCCCUCGCCACCAGCGCCAAGGACAAGGAGCUGGCUAGCAAGCCCGACCCCUACUCGAUUUGCUUCGUCGGCGUCAACGGCGUCGGCAAAUCCACCAAUCUCGCCAAGGUCUGCUUCUGGCUGCUGCAGAAUCGACUGCGUGUCCUCAUCGCUGCUUGCGAUACGUUCCGUGCCGGUGCUGUCGAGCAACUCCGCGUCCACGUCCGCAACCUCGGUCAGCUGCGCGUCGACGGCAUUGCGCUGGAUGAGCAGAAGGGACGCAUCGAGCUCUACGAGCGUGGGUACGGCAAGGACGCAGCGGGUAUCGCCAAGGACGCGCUCACCUACGCCAAAGCAGAAGGCUUCGACGUCGUACUCAUCGACACAGCCGGCCGAAUGCAGGACAACGAGCCACUCAUGCGCGCCCUCGCCAAACUUGUCUCUGUCAACCGACCGGACAAGAUCAUUUUUGUCGGAGAAGCGUUGGUGGGCAACGAGGCGGUUGAUCAGAUCACCAAAUUUGAUGGCGCCAUGAAGGACUUCAGCGGUGUCAGCAACCCCCGCGGCCUCGACGGCAGUCUGCUGACCAAGUGGGACACGGUCGAUGACAAGGUGGGAACCGCUCUCACCACAACUUCGGCGACCGGACUACCGAUUUACUUUUUGGGAACUGGUCAGACGUACACCGACCUCCGACAACUUCGCGUUCAUCAUGUGGUGAACGCGUUGCUCAAGAAUUGA